CCCGCGAAUGACGAGAUUGAUUAUCACGGUUUCUUCCUCGCACCUGCUGAAUCGAAGCUCCGAUCAUGGCGUCGAGCAAGCGUUCCGUGUUGCAGUUCUCUUCUACGCAGAGUUUGUCGGGGAAGGUUCAUCCUCUCGUCAUCUUCAACAUCUGUGAUUGCUAUGUCCGUCGUCCUGACCAAGCGGAGCGCGUCAUCGGAACGCUACUCGGCUCCGUUCUCCCCGACGGAACCGUCGAUAUCCGAAAUUCAUACGCUGUUCCUCACAAUGAGUCCGUUGACCAGGUUGCUUUGGAUAUUGAGUACCACCAUAACAUGUUGCUAUCCCACCAAAAAGUGAAUCCCAAGGAAGUUAUAGUUGGAUGGUAUUCAACUGGUCUUGGAGUAACUGGGGGCAGUGCUUUAAUUCAUGAAUUUUAUUCUCGAGAAGUAUCCAACCCUAUACAUUUGACUGUUGAUACAGGAUUUGCAAAUGGAGAGGGCUCCAUAAAAGCAUAUGUUUCAAACAAUUUGUCCCUAGGAGACCAUCAAAUUGCUGCACAGUUUCAAGAAAUCCCUUUGGAUCUUCGUAUGGUUGAAGCUGAGCGUAUUGGAUUUGAUAAUCUGAAGGCAACUGCUGUUGACAAAAUCCCAUCUGAUUUAGAAGGGAUGGAAGCAUCAAUGACACAUCUAUUAGCCUUGAUUGAUGACACCUACAAAUACGUUGAUGAUGUCGUGGAAGGGCGUGUUGUUCCAGACAACAAAAUUGGGAAAUGUAUUUCAGAUGUUGUAGGUUCCCUUCCCAAAAUUCCUUCCUCAACUUUUGAUAAGCUUGUGAACGAGAGCUUGCAGGAUCACUUGCUCAUGCUAUAUUUAUCUAGCAUCACAAGGACACAGCUCAGCCUGGCCGAAAAGUUGAACACGGCUGCUCAGAUUCUCUGAUUGCGUCCUCAACAAAUGCAAUUUUGCUUAGGGAAGUUACCAUUUUAUGAUAUUUCCCAAAACUUGGAAUAUCGGUAUUUUGUAAUCUUUUCAAUACUAACAUUAUGCACUUUUUAUUGCGUAGGUAAUUUUGUUUUUUGUUCUGUGGUAGCAUUGUAGUGGUUCAUAUCAUACUUCACUUGUGUAAUAUGUCAUCUUUGAAAAUUUUGGUUAUAGGAAUCCUUUUGUUCGCAA